AUGUCGACCAUGAAUGUAAUCUACACGAUUCUUUGCAAUAAAUUGAUCAACGAUUUGUUUCAUGGACAUUUGAGCAAAAAGACCAGACUGCAACAAAAGAAACUUUUGACAGCACUCUCCAUUCAGACAGCAAUUCCCCUAAUUUCAAGUGGAUUGCCUUGGUUCUACUAUGGCACAAUCAUUGGAAUCGGACAAACAGAAAUCAAACAAACCUUGAAUAACAUCGCUUUUGCCUUUCUCGGAUCUCAUGGCACUCAAUCAUCACUCGCUUUGUUAGUCUUAACUGAACCCUAUCGAGUAUUUCUUUUACGAUCUCUUCAGAAAAUUCCCAUUCUGAAGAGAUUAGCAACAUUCUACCUGACGAAAAGAGGAAAUGUCUUUGUUGUUCCAUCUACUUCAAACAAUACCCGUACCGGAGUUCAAACCUCC